GCGUUCGGGGGCGCGCAGGCAGCAUGGCCGAGCAGGGCCUGGAGAUGGCCGCCCUCAUCCCCGCGCUCCGGGACCUGGCCAGUGCCAGCCCCGAGGAAUACAAUACUGUUGUGCAGAAACCAAGACAGAUUCUCUGUCAGUUCAUUGACAGAAUACUUACAGAUGUAGAUGUUGUUGCUCUGGAACUUAGUAAGAAAACUGACUCUCAGCCAAGUUCUGUGAUACUGCUUGAUUUCAUUCAGCACAUUAUGAAAUCUUCCCCACUAAUGUUUGUAAAUUUCUUGGGAAGCCCUCAAGAAAAUGAGGCCGAAGAAAAUUGUCUUGAAUUUAGUAACUGGAUCGUCACAAGACUUCUGCGAAUCGCUGCAACUCCUUCCUGUCACCCGCUACACAAGAAUAUAUGCGAAGUUCUCCGGUCUCUGUUGUUUCUGUUUAAAAUCAAGAAUCCCAGGAUUUUCGGUCUCCUGACGAGAGAAUUGUUGCAUGUCUUUGAAGAUUUGAUUUGCUUGCACCAGAAGAAUGUUUGGGGACAUCUGAUGGACUGGCCAGUGGUCAUCCGCAGAUUUUUAAAUAACCCGAAUGAACUCCGCGGCAAUUUACAUUCCGCUUCCUUAGAGUUGUUGAGCAUGCAAAACGUGGAACUCGUUGGGAGUACGUUACUGACUGUUUUGAUAGACAUCGUUCCGACCAUGUUCUUCAGGAGACAGGAUCUUUUAUGUUGGGAAAUCGGCUGCUCCUUGCUGGAGUACGGUAGCCCCGAAGUGAAAGCGUCGGCCUUGAGGCUCUUAACGCGAUUGAUCCGAUUUGGGGGACCCCCGGAACAGAUCGCCAGCGUUUUCUUCCCGGUGUUUUUGGAACUGUUGAAGCACCUCCCUAAAAUGAACGAGACCGAACUGAGACUUUACGAAGGACCCUUCUCACGUCUGGUGGGGACGCUUUUCCCGUUCGAAGAGGACGCGUAUAAAAACAUCGAACCGAUCUACCUGAGCAUGCUGCUGCAGAAACUUUGCGUCCUCUUCGAAGCCGGGGUGCUUCUGCUGCUGAAAUCUGAAAUGCUCAAAGCUGCUCUGUGUCACCUGCUUCAGUAUUUCCUGCAGUUCGUGCCGGCCGGGUACGAAUCCGCUUCGCAGGUUAGGAAGGCCUACGUAAACAACAUCUGCAGAGCUUUUGUGGAUGCACUCGGAACUCAGGAGGAACAGGAGUAUUGGUUGGGCCCACUUUUUGCUGAAUUAAAAAUGGAAAGUCUGGAAGUCAUUCAGGAGUUUCAGCUCCAAAUGGAGCAGGCUGUGUCUGAUACAGAUGGAUGGAACAGCAGUAGUGAUGAAAUCUCAGAAAAAAGGCGACGGAUAAAUCUGUCAUGGAAACAUUCGGAGAACCCAGAACCUCAGUCGGAAGAGAUUAGCCACGUGGACAUGAGCAAGAAAAGUACAUUAUGGAAUGCACUGGGGAAGAAAGCUGAAUCUCUUCUGACUCCCACUGAAGAAGCUACUCUGGCAAAUUCUGUUAUUCCAAAAAUGGAAGGUAUUUCUGUUGUCUUGCGGCUAGCUGCCCUGUGCACUGUUCACUGUGGUCCGCAGAACUUACGCAGUUGCCUGGAUUAUAAAGAUGUUGACGUGGGUAGCUUUAGCCGUCAUAAACGGAAGAUGAGAUCUUCAGACACAGUAGUAAAUUUAGACCUAACUUGGAUCUCUUUGGACGUUAUCACAAAAGUGCUAAAGUUCUGUAGGAGUUUCAUUGAAUCUUCAGUUCAGAUAUCUGACCUGGAACCAGUAAUUGAUAGACUGGUGAAAAUUUAUGAUGCUGUGUUUUAUAUGCAAGUAAAGUGCCCAUUUGAAGAGCAGAUCCUUGAGGACAUUUGCGGAAUAUUGUCUCUGCCGUGGAUUUGCAACCACUCUGAUGAGGAUUCUUAUAAAUUAACCCCAUUUGGCACUAGUCUUUUGGCUGUGAGUCAGAGGAUUUCAGAUUGUUUUUCCCCACAGGUUCAGGCUCAAUGUGUAUUUCUUCUGACUCUGCUCCCCAAAAACAUAUUCCUUGAGUGGAGAACAGCAGUGUUCUAUUGGGCACUGCAAAGUUCUCAUGAAAUUAUCCGGGCCAGUUGUGUUAAAGCGUUUCCUCUCAUGCUGCAUCAACAGAUUACAGACUCUUGCAAAGUUCCCAAGAAGUUCAUAGAUCAAGUCAAAGAGGAUUCCGACUUGGUCAAAAAGGAAUUUGCCAGCGUACUUGGACAGCUGAGCUGUAGCCUUUGUGGCACAUUUGAGUUAAAACCACCUGUAACAGAACCUGCCUUGGAACAUGGAACUGGUGGUUUCUUCUGUAAAAACCUCACAGCUACUUCUCAUGAGCACACAUGUUCUCUACUGCAAGCCUCUGUUUUCAAGCCUUUCCUUUUCCUUCUAAAAAGAAAGGUGCCCAGCGCAGUAAAAUUAGCAUUUGUGGAUAGUAUACCUGACCUCUGCAAGCACCUCAAUUUUAGGGAACCUGAAGCAGAUGUAAAAGACAUCCUCGGUGCUCUAUUAAAUUUAAUGGUAGACCCGGACAAGGAUGUAAGAAUGGCUUUCAGCGAAAACAUCAGGCACAUAUUAGAAUCAGUGGACCCUGAAGAUGGAUUUAUAAAAGAGCUUUUUGUCUCAAGAAUGAGAGAAGCAUAUACGCACGCUCAAAUAUCAAGAAAUAAUGAACUGAAGGAUACCUUGAUUCUUACGACGGGGGAUAUCGGAAGGGCGGCAAAAGGUGACUUGGUGCCAUUUUCACUGUUGCACCUGUUGCACUGUUUGCUAUCCAAGUCAUCCUCUAUCUCCGGCGCAGCCUAUACGGAAAUCAGAGCCCUGGCCGCAGCCAAGUGUGUUAAACUGCAAGCGUUUUUCAGCCAGUACAAGAAGCCGAUCUGUCAGUUUUUGGUGGAAGCCCUCCACUCCGGCAGGAUGACCUCCCGUCCCGACACCCCAGACCAGAAUGACGAGGAGCGGAAACAAGAUGCCGCUCACCGGAGGGAGAUGGCCCUCGACACCUUGUCCGAAAUCGCCAAUGUUUUUGACUUCCCUGAUCUUAAUCGUUUCUUAACUAGGACCCUACAAGUGCUGCUGCCCGAUCUUGCUGCCAAAGCCAGUCCCACAGCCUCUGCCCUCAUUCGAACCAUAGCAAAGCAGCUAAACGUAAACCGAAGAGAGAUCCUGAUCAACAACUUUAAAUACAUCUUUUCUCACUUAGUAUGUUCCUGUUCCAAGGAUGAACUGGAAUGUGCACUUCACUUCCUCAAGAAUGAAACAGAGAUAGAAUUGGGAAGCUUGCUGAGGCUGGACUUCCAGGGACUGCAUAACGAAUUGCUGCUCCGCAUCGGAGAUCACUAUCAACAGGUGUUCAACGGGCUGUCGAUUCUCGCCUCCUUUGCCUCCAGCGAUGACCCGUAUCAGGGCCCAAAAGACAUCACGUCACCUGAACUGAUGGCUGAUUAUCUGCAACCCAAGUUGUUGGGCAUUUUGGCCUUUUUUAAUAUGCAGUUAAUGAGCUCUAGCGUUAGCAUUGAAGAUAAGAAAAUGGCUUUGAACAGUCUGAUGUCUCUGAUGAAGCUGAUGGGACCCAAACAUAUAAGUUCUGUGAGAGUGAAGAUGAUGACCACACUGAGGACGGGUCUCCGCUACAAGGACGACUUUCCAGAUUUAUGUUGCAGAGCUUGGGAUUGUUUCGUUCGAAGUCUGGACCAGUCUUACCUCGGCUCCCUCCUAAGUCACGUGAUAGUAGCUUUGUUACCUCUCAUGAACAUCCAGCCUAAAGAGACCGCCGCUGUUUUCCGUUUCCUCAUCAUUGAUAACAGGGAUGCAGUACAGGACUUCCUUCACGAAAUAUAUUUUCUACCGGAUCAUCCGGAAGUGAAAGCGAUAAAAGCAGUCCUUCAAGAAUAUAGAAAGGAGACGUCCAAAAGCACCGACCUGCAGAGAGCCCUCGAGCUGUCCAUGAGAGCGAUUCAGCAUGAGAACGUAGAUGUCAGAAUCCAUGCUCUGACCAGUUUGAAGGAGACGUUAUAUAAAAACCAGGAAAAAUUGAUAAAGUACGCCACAGACAGUGAGACGGUGGAACCGGUGAUCUCCCAGCUGGUGACCGUGCUUUUGAAAGGUUGCCAGGAUGCAAACUCGCAAGCUCGAUUACUUUGUGGGGAAUGUUUAGGGGAACUCGGAGCAAUUGAUCCAGGUAGGCUAGAUUUCUCAACGAGUGAAGCCCAAGGAAAAGAUUUUACAUUUGUGACUGGAGUGGAAGAUCCCAAUUUUGCCUAUGGGUUGUUGAUGGAGUUAGCCAGAGCCUUCCUUGCCAAUGCUGAUAAUGUCCGAGCUCAGGAUUCGGCUGCUUAUGCCAUUCAGGAGUUACUUUCCAUUUAUGAGUGCAGAGAGAUGAAGACUGAUAGCUCAGGCCACAGACUCUGGAGAAGAUUCCCAGAGCAUGUUUGGGAAAUAUUAGAGCCACAUUUAAAUACAAGGUAUAAGAGCUCUCAGAAGACUACAGAUUGGUCUCAAGUGAAGAAGCCAAUAUACUUAAGCAAAUUAGGCAACAACUUUGCAGAAUGGUCAGCAACCUGGGCAGGGUAUCUUAUAACAAAGGUUCGCCAUGAUCUUGCUAGUAAAGUCUUCAACUGCUGUAGCAUUAUGAUGAAGCAUGACUUCAAGGUGACAAUCUACCUUCUUCCGCACAUUCUUGUCUACGUUUUGCUGGGAAGUAACGAAGAUCAGCAAGAGGUUUAUGAUGAGAUUAUGGCAGUUCUAAAGAAUGACGACCCCCACAUGGCAAGACUCCAGGAUAGUGCGUCAGACUUGAGCCAGCUCAGCACCCAGACCGUCUUCUCCAUGCUCGACCAUCUUACGCAGUGGGCCAGGCACAAGUUUCAGGCACUUAACGCUGAGAAAGUUUCUCAUAACAAAUCAAGCAAAGAUAAGGCAGAUCUGAAUCUAUCCAAGGAAGGCCUUGACGAAUAUGAGAGUGUAACACAUUUUCUAGACCUCAUACCUCAAGACACAUUAGCUGUUGCUUCCUUCCGCUCCAAAGCGUACACCAGGGCGGUGAUGCACUUUGAGUCGUUCAUCACAGAAAAGAAGCAAGAUAUUCAGGAACAUCUUGGAUUUCUACAGAAAUUGUAUGCAGCCAUGCAUGAACCAGACGGCGUGGCUGGCGUAAGUGCAAUUCGGAAAGCGGAGCCAACCCUAAAAGAGCAAAUCCUAGAGCAUGAAAGCAUUGGAUUACUGAGGGAUGCCACAGCCUGCUAUGACAGAGCUAUUCAGCUAGAGCCUGACCAGAUCAUUCACUACCAUGGUGUAGUAAAGUCCAUGUUAGGUCUUGGUCAGUUGUCAACCGUAAUCACUCAGGUGAAUGGAGUGAAUGCUAACAGGUGUGAGUGGACGGAUGAAUUAAACGCAUACAGAGUGGAGGCAGCGUGGAAAUUAUCCCAGUGGGAUUUAGUGGAAAAUUAUCUGGCUACAGAUGGCAAGUCCACAGCGUGGAGUGUCCGACUGGGGCAGCUGUUGUUAUGUGCGAAAAAAAAAGAUUCCACCGCUUUUUAUGAGACGUUGAAAGUGGUUAGAGCCGAACAGAUAGUUCCUCUUUCGGCUGCCAGCUUUGAAAGAGGCUCCUACCAGCGAGGAUACGAGUAUAUCGUCAGGUUGCACAUGCUCUGUGAAUUAGAGCAUAGCGUCAGACCCCUGCUCCAGCUAUCUCACAGUGACAGUGACCCUGGAGAUUCCCUGAACUGGUUGGCUCGUUUAGAGAUGACCCAGAAUUCAUACAGAGCCAAGGAACCCAUUUUGGCACUUCGGCGGGCUUUGUUAAGCCUCAACAAAGGGCCUGAUUACGGCGAGCUGGUCGGCGAAUGCUGGCUGCAGAGCGCCCGGGUGGCCCGAAAGGCCGGACAUCACCAGACAGCUUACAACGCUCUCCUGAAUGCGGGGGAAUCCCAUCUGGCUGAACUGUAUGUGGAAAGAGCCAAGUGGCUGUGGUCCAAGGCCGAAGUUCAUCAGGCCCUGAUAGUUCUUCAGAAAGGAGUCGAACUAUGCUUUCCGGAGAACGCAGCCCCUACCGACAGCAGGAAUCUGCUGAUCCACGGUCGAGCCAUGCUGCUGGUGGGCCGUUUUAUGGAAGAAACAGCCAACUUUGAAAGCAAUGCAGUUAUGAAAAAAUAUAAGGAUGUUACGUCCUGUUUGCCAGAAUGGGAGGAUGGGCACUUUUACCUUGCUAAAUAUUACGAUAAACUGAUGCCUAUGGUAACUGAUAACAAGAUGGAAAAGCAGGGGGAUCUGAUUCGAUAUAUUGUCCUUCAUUUUGGAAGGUCUCUGCAGUUUGGAAACCAGUUUAUCUAUCAGUCGAUGCCCAGAAUGUUAUCUCUGUGGCUUGAUUUUGGUGCUAAAGCCUAUGAAUGGGAAAAAGCUGGUCGUUCUGAUCGGAUACAAAUGAGAAACGAAUUAGCUAAAAUAAACAAAGUGAUCACAGAACACACAAAUCACUUGGCUCCUUAUCAGUUUUUGACAGCUUUUUCUCAGUUGAUAUCAAGAAUCUGUCACUCUCACAAUGAAGUCUUCGUUGUUCUGAUGGAGAUUGUUGCCAAAGUGUUUCUGGCCUAUCCUCAGCAGGCAAUGUGGAUGAUGACAGCUGUAUCUAAGUCAUCUUAUCCAAUGCGGGUGAAUAGAUGCAAGGAAAUCCUAAACAAAGCUAUCCACAUGAAAGAAUCAUUGGGGAAGUUUAUUGGAGAUGCAACUCGCCUGACAGAUAAGCUUUUAGAACUAUGUAACAAACAGGUUGACGGUAACAGCUCCACGUUGAGCAUGAGUGUCCACUUCAGAAUGCUUAAGAAGCUUGUAGAAGAAAAGACUUUCAGUGAAAUCCUCAUUCCUCUGCAGUCAGUAAUGAUACCGACUCUCCCGUCAACCUCCGGCACCCACACCAACCACGACCCAUUCCCGGGGCUCUGGGCCUACAUCGCAGGCUUCGAUGAUGUGGUGGAAAUUCUGCCAUCUCUUCAGAAACCAAAGAAGAUUUCUCUGAAAGGCUCCGACGGAAAAUUCUACAUCAUGAUGUGUAAACCAAAAGAUGACCUCAGGAAGGACUGUAGACUCAUGGAGUUUAACUCCUUGAUUAACAAGUGCUUGCGCAAGGAUGCAGAGUCUCGAAGAAGAGAGCUGCAUAUCCGAACCUAUGCAGUUAUCCCCCUGAAUGAUGAAUGUGGGAUUAUUGAAUGGGUCAACAAUACUGCUGGCUUGCGACCUAUCCUGACCAAACUCUACAAGGAGAAAGGAGGCUACAUGACUGGGAAGGAGCUCCGCCAGUGCAUGCUUCCCAAGACCUCGACUUUAGCGGAAAAACUGAAGAUGUUCCGGGAACAUCUCCUGCCCCGGCACCCUCCCGUCUUCUACGAGUGGUUUCUGAGAACAUUUCCCGAUCCCACGUCCUGGUACAGCAGCCGGUCAGCGUAUUGCCGUUCCACUGCAGUCAUGUCCAUGGUGGGCUACAUCCUGGGCCUCGGAGACCGACACGGGGAAAACAUUCUGUUUGAUUCCUUGACUGGCGAAUGUGUGCAUGUGGAUUUCAACUGCCUGUUCAAUAAGGGGGAAACCUUUGAGGUCCCAGAAGUCGUGCCGUUCCGCUUAACCCGUAACAUGGUUAAUGGGAUGGGCCCAAUGGGAACGGAAGGGUUGUUUCGGAGAGCUUGCGAGGUCACCAUGAGGCUCAUGCGGGACCAGAGAGAGCCCUUAAUGAGUGUCUUAAAGACUUUUCUUCAUGAUCCUCUUGUGGAAUGGAGUAAACCAGUGAAAGGAAGUUCCAAAGCACAAGUGAAUGAAACGGGGGAAGUUAUCAAUGAAAAGGCCAAGACCCAUGUCCUCGAUAUAGAGCAGCGCCUGCAAGGCGUAAUUAAGACCAGGAAUAGAGUAAAGGGUCUGCCCUUGUCCAUCGAAGGCCACGUCCAUUACCUCAUCCAAGAAGCGACCGAUGAAAACUUGCUCUGCCAGAUGUACCUCGGUUGGACUCCGUACCUGUGAGGGCCGAGUGGGGCAAAAGGACGAGCCUACAACCGACAGAGCAUGAGACGGAUGCAGCUCGGAGGUCCAGCUGGCCUGGGCUCCCGGACCGAAGCCCGCGCCCCUCCGAGACACCUUUUGAAGACUUUGCACAGGCGAUGUAAAUUAUUUGUUGAUAUGAAUAGCCAGACUAUUAAAUAUGAUGUUCGCUCCGU